UGUGUUGGUAAAAGCAUAAUAAAAGGAAGGCAGGAGGACACCCCAAAACAAAAAGAAGCAUGAAUGGAAAUGACUUUGUGGUGAUUCAGAGCAACAAGGCAACGUCUGUCAAGCGCAAUGCCAGGAACCUGCAAGACUUGCAGAUGGAGAAGAAGACUCUGGCUCAGGAGAGCGACGGGAUGGAGGAGAAACUGCAACAGCUGAGAGAGAGGAUGAAUAAAGAGAAGGAAGAGAGAGGGAACUCUGGCAGGGCUAAAUGGAAGUCUGGACAGUGUGGCUCUUUAAACAGCAACGUCCUUACAAACAACACCGCUAAGAUUAUGGACAAAACACUCCAAAAGCUGUCAGAGGGCAAGCUGAAGGUCCGUGUGCUGAAGAAGGAACCACUCACAGUGCCCCCUCAGCCACCGCCUCCACCACCGCCCUCUACCAUCGGUCUUCAAACAACAAGAAAAAACAGGCUGAAGGGAAAAUGCUGCGGACAGUGUGAGGUCAAGACCGCCGGUCUGAUGUGUGCUGAAUGCACGGAGCACUACUGCAUUGGCUGCUUUACCAGAUUCCACCAGAAGGGGGCACUGAAGCUCCACAGGAUCAUCCCCGUUCAGAUGGACCUAAAGACUCAUGUGAGCACUCAAGAUGUUGUCAGCUUCCAGAACUCCUGUCGUGGUACCUCUACAAGCCCUAAUCCCAGUCCCAAAUCUAAACCUGGUCCAGAUCACACCUCUAGAUCUGAUGAAUUACCCACGCAAGGAGAUCAGUGCCCAGGAAAAGAAGCAGAGGCUGAGGAAAAACCUGUGCAGUCACGUCAUGAAAGCAGUCAGGUGUUGGUGAUCCAUAGAAAUGAGAAAAAGAAGGGAAUGAUGGAAGAGACACCAAAAAAUAACCAUGAGAAGGGAUUUAGCAGCUCUCUGCUGAGAGGGGAGUACAAUGAAGAGGAGUCUGCAAAAUCUUUCCAGGAGGCGCUCAGACAGUGGAGAGGAGAGAGGAGCAAGGAGGCCAUGUUUACACCGAUUCAACCAGUUUCAGUGUCAGCCAUGGCGACCCAGACCGACCUCGUUUCAGACAGAGGAGCUGAAGUACGAGGAAGAGGAGUGGGGGCAGUGAAGGUGGAGUUCACAGAAAACAGCCUGACCUACAUGGACAGAUUGCUUCUCAAGAAGCACCACAGUACACCGAUUGAAACCAGUCAUCCAUCGUGGACCUCUGGCACUGAUUUAAAAUCACUACCUGACACAGAGGAGGCGACUUCCCACAGCCUCACAGCUGAGGAGGAGGAUUUCCGGCUCUACUUUGCAUCGUUGUUUGCCGGCCCUGUCAGCAGGAGCAGGACUGAGCCUCAGACCACCACACCUGAACCCAGCCUCAUCAUAGAAAUCCUAGAUGAGAGAGACGCAGACGGAGAUGGGCUUCCUGUUCCUGAACAGAGGACAGACAAUAACAAAAAAUGUCCCUCUGGUCAGCAAAUUCUCAAUAAUGGAAGAAAAGUGUACCAAACAGCCUUAACCAGUGCAUCGUCCAGUAAAACUAAGCCAUCAGCACGCUCCACUGCUGAGACUCCAAGGGCUUCAAAGAAAUCAAUCAAGACACCAACCUCAAAGUCACAACAGCCUCAUCGCUCCCCCACUGUCCAUAAAUCAAAACCUGACUGUGGAUCACCCCAACUUUUGUCCUCUGUCUCAUUACCAAAUUGUCAAACUGCCCUUCCUAAAUCCUCUCCCUCUGCUCCGUCUGGUGUCUCUCCUUUGGCUACUGCCACACCGCCCAUCUCAGAGGAGCCUGUGUCCCAUUCUCCUUCCACGUUCAUCCCUCUUAGGUCUACAUUCACGCUGUCACCAUCAAGCUCCACUGAGUCAGCCUUGCUGCCCAAAGUUGACCAAUCAACCCCAUUACAACAAGGCUCACAAUCAUCUCUGUUACUGGAAGCUCAAUCUCCCCAGUUAUUCUCUCAACGGAUCUCAUCAGUGAGGCUUUCCCAGUCGCCCCCAAGCAAUCUGCAGUUCCAAAGGCAAUCCCAACAUUUCCUCUGUUACCCUGAGUGUCCCCUAUCGCAUAAUCAACCCCACGGUCCUCAGAAACCGAGCCAACCAGUAAGAACGCCUCCAGGUGCAGACUUGAGACAUAGUUCAACUCCAACAAACAAGGGGGCUCCAGUUUUAACGCCCUUUACCUUUAUCGAUGGAUAUCAUAACUACCCUGCAUCACAGCAGGAUACUCGCUUUUUCCCAUCAGUUCCACCUUGCCACUAUGUCAGCCAGGAUUCUCCUUCAGCGUUGGAAACAGAACCAUCAACAGAUAGCGAAGGGGAAAUGUCCAGUGAUAGCCUUGGUCUGGCUCCUCAUGAGGAAGACUCUUCAGACGAUGAAACACAGAUAUCGAGACGUCUGAUGAGAGGGGCAGCCAGAGAAGAAGAGCGAGGAGAUCCUGCCAUAUCUCAUCCUGAUGAUUCCCUUGUUGCUGCAGGAAGAGAAAAAGAAUUGCAGACUGAUGGGCGAAGGAAGCUGUCAGAACCAGCCAUGGUAAUUCACAGGCAGAGUGUUGGGUCUGGAUCAGAGCGGUCCUGUGAUCUGGAUGAGUUUUUGCCUCUGGGUUUGGACUUAUAUUCUGGUCACUCCAACACAGUAGAGAACACACCCGCUGACUCACUGCACAAAAGCCGAACUUCGCCGAAUGAGUCAGAGCUUACAGGGUCAGAUGAUUUUGAGACAAGAAUCAGCCUCUCUCCACUCACUGAGGAACACCUGGCUAUCAGCUUGAUGAAGGACAAUCACAAACAGCCAACAGGAAUUAAAAUCCACUCAACCACACCCACCGUAAAAGCAGAAAUAUCAGUACCAGGAACAUCUGGUAACUCAUUGUGUCCGUUGUCCCAGGCAGCCAAGGAGAUCCUGGAGAUCUGUAAUGUGGAUGAGGCAGGCUGUGAGGACCCCGACUUAGAUGCUGAAACAACUCUGUACACAAUACGUGAUCUGGAGCAGGAACUCAGACUCAUGACCAUUGGAAAUCAGAACUCAGUUUUUGGUGCAGUGAAGAGUGGAAGUCAAGGACAACAUGGAAGUCAUCGUUUCACACGGAGCAGAGUCAGCGAGGAACAAAAGGAUGAGGAGGCGGCAGCAGAGAGAGACCGGCAGAGCGUCCUCUUACUACCCUGAGAUACUCACACAUUCACAUAAAUACUCUUUAUUGUUCAAAUAAUG